AUGGGAAUCCAGGACCGUCAGCAUGACCGCAGCGUUCUCGACGAUGUGCUUGUCAAGGUGAAGCUGAAUCAUCCAGAGCACACGCGCAAGUGGUUCGAGGAACUCGAACCGCUCGGGGUCGCGUCGGGAUCCUUCGGCGUACGCGCUCAGAGCGAUAUGCACCGCGAUUAUCUGCGACGCACCUGUCUCGAAGCGUUCAACGAUGCGCUGGGAGAAACCACAGGACAGCUCCUCGCGAUCCGAUUCCUCGGCCCAAACGAUGAGUGGGAAUCCCCGAUCACCACUACCAAACGCGCCGAGACCAAAAAAGCCGCGGCUCCAACUCCUGCAGCAGCACCGAGCGGAUCGUCGAUCUGGUCUGAUGAAGCAGGACUCUCCGAUCAAGAGCUCAAAGACUCGCAAAGCCUCGGCGCGACCCCGAUCGUCCACGCGAGCUCCGAACGCUCAAGACUCGAUUCGAGCGGCGCGCUCCCGAUCAAUCCGGAUUACGGCUUCAACGAGUUUGUCAUCGGACCCAACAACCGACUCGCGCAUGCCGCGUCCGUCGCUGUCGCUGAAAACCCAGGAUUCGCGUACAACCCACUCUUCAUCCACGGCGGAGUCGGACUGGGAAAGACCCACCUGCUCCAAGCGAUCUGCUUACGCAUCACGCAAGAGAAUCCUGGGAUCAAUCUACACUAUGUAUCGUGCGAUGGAUUCAUGACCCAGUUCAUGAGUGCUGUGCAGUCUGGGAAGAUGGCCGAAUUCCGGCACACCUUCCGCGAUGUGGACCUGCUCGUCAUCGACGACAUCCACUUCCUCGCGAAGCGCGAUCGCACGCAGGAAGAGUUCUUCCACACCUUCAACGCGCUGUACCAAGCGAACAAACAGAUCAUCUUAUCGUCCGAUGCGCCUCCUGAGGAGAUCCCUGAUCUGGAAGAACGACUGGUCUCACGAUUCAUGUGGGGAUUGGUCGCGAAGGUCGAGAAGCCGGGAUUCGAGACUCGGAUCGAGAUCCUCAAACGCAAAGCAGAUGCUCGCGGAAUCAAGCUCCCAGAGCCCGUCGUGACGGAGAUCGCGCACUACAUCGACACCAACAUCCGCGAACUCGAGGGCGCGAUCACCAAGCUCCAGAUCUACGCGAAUGUCGAGAAACGCGACAUCGAUCUCGAUAUGGCGCGGGAUGCACUCGGAGAAGAGUUCGCCGCGGCUGUGAGCGCCCAAGGCACGGGUCCCACAAUCGAUCGGAUCAUCUCCGAAAUUUCAGGGUACUACUCCGUCAAACGCACAGAGAUCCUCGGCAAGCGCCGUCACAAGUCCAUCGCGCUCCCACGACAGGUCGGGAUGUACCUCUCACGCAAAUACACGCGGCAUUCCUUGGAAGAAGUCGGUGCCCACUUUGGGGGACGCGACCACACCACGGUCAUGCAUGCCGUGCGCACGAUCACUUCGAAAUCCAAAGAUGACGAAUCGCUCCACAGCGAUGUGCUCGCGAUCGAGUCACGACUGCGUGUCGGUUCCGGCUCAUAA